AUGGAUGACUUCCCUUCGCACGCUCAUGAGCCUGCCUGCUCUGCAGCUGUGGCCAAGCUGAGCGGUGUUGUUGUUCACUUGUCUGUAUUGAUGCUAGAAGGCAUUCUGUACGCUUUUGGUUUUAGUCCUGUCUCCACAGAAAUCGGAGCUCCUUUUGUGGCUGCCAUCCUCCGUUCUUUUGCCAGUCAGGAGACACCCUCGGUAGCCGUUCUGCAAGCUCUGAAUGAGGAGCUAACACAAGGCCUAUCUUCCGACCCCGCUGCUUCCGCCGGUCCACAGCCUUUGGGACCCCGAACCUCAGAGACGAUAGCCGCCUCGGCGCUUAUUGAGCCACCUGCCCCCAGCCCUGCAGACUCAGCCCUACCCUGCAUCUCUGAUCAACAUGCUUUCGAGGCUUCCUGGAGACUUCCUUCAGAGAUCGACCCGGCUUACCCGCCCGCUGCCGACCUAUCUUCUAUCUUCGGUAGGGUCGACUUCUAUAGGGACUUGGCCACCACCUGGCAAUCAGCCAACCGCCAAUUCUGGGAGAGAAGUUCCCCUUUGGAGGGGUUUAAUCAAAUUGCUCGUUCCUUGGUAACGCGAGCGACCGAGCUUCAGCGAGAGAACGCGGUGCUCAAGGCACGUCUUCAGGAGCUAGAGCCCCCUGUAACUUCCUCAGCUCCUCCUGAGCCUUCUCUUGGAAGCUUGGAUGCUUAUCUGCGUGCCCUCGGGGAAUCUGCGGCUUCUGCUCGAUCCAUUUCCCAUGCCGCCUUCGAUAAACUUCAGAAGUUGGAGGCGGCUUUAAAGACAAGUGAGUCUUCCUUGGCUUCUGAAGAGGAUCGCCAUCAAGCGGCAGUUUCUGAGCUGAAAGACAAAGAGGCAGAGCUGCUCUCCCAAUCGGCGGAUGUGAGUUUGCUACGGCAAAGUCGGGAGCUCCUGCAAAUGGGGUUGGCCGAUGCCCAGGCCCUGGCUAGUGCUGCCGCUAGCCGGGAGGCCCAAGAAGCAGUGUCUCAGGGCCAGAGCGAUUUAUCCGUGGCCCGCGCCGAGGUUGCCGAGAACAAGAACAGCUUGGAAGCGUACCGAGCUGGCGAAUCAGAGCGGCUGAAGGCGUACAGACUGGCCUAUGUCCGCUCUACCUUCUUCCUCCAAAAACUGGGACGCUGGAUGGUCUUGUUGAUGUGUCAUGGGGCCGCUGGUGGGGUCAGACAGGCCUUCGAGCAAGCCUCCCCCAACCCUUACAGGGGAAGACCAGCUGCAUUCCGCUCUACCCCCAUUCCUGCUGAGGAAGACAGCCCAGGCGAUCGCCAUGACCCCGUGCCUACUGAGCCCGUUCCCGAGCCAUCUCCUGCUCCUCCUGGUGCUGACACCGGCCCUUCUCAACCUUCCUCCUCCGCCCGCCAUCAUUACAGGACCACUAUCUCCUCUGAAGCUGCUCUAGCUCGGCGACAUGACGUCCCCACGAGCCUUCUGAUAAUGAAAGGCUGUCUUGGCAGCUUGUGGGCAGAGAGCAUGAGUCAAAUGUAUAGCGCGUCGCCAUUAUCCCAAAUGGAUAGGUUCUCGAAGUCUUGGGUUAAAACUCAUGCAGAAUCUUUGGUGUUGAACCAAUCCUUCCACGCCCUCCAUCACGAAAGCAAAGAACUUCGAGAGAGAGUCUCUGAAUUAGAGCUGCAGCUGAAUGACCCCGCCCAAGCUAGUUAUGCAUUGCGGGCAGAAAUUCAAGCCCUGACCAAUCAGACCAACCGGCAGAAAAGUUCCCUGGUGCAGGUCAAAGAUGAACUCCGGGCUAUGAGGGAGGAAAGAACUGCCUCAGAGGCGGGGUAUCAGCAACAACUAGCCCAUCAGGCUCAGGAAAUACAGUCCAAGGAUACCCUUCUGCAGGAGAAGAACAAGAAAUUGGAGGCUCAGGCGGCUCAACUGGAAACCCAAGCAGCUGAACUGGGGGCUCUGAAGGCGGAACUAUCCCAGUCCCGAGCAGCUUUGACGGGAGUAUCCACUGCCUUGGCCGUCUAUCAAGAAGGAGAGGAGGAUCGUUGCCUGCAAAGUCGAAUAUCUUAUCUGACCUCUCCCGAAUUUUUAUCCCAGACUGGGGCACGCUUCUCUGCGACCAUACCAUACACGGCGGCUGGGGUUAUCCGACAGCUCCACGCACGAAGCUUCUUGAACUCCAUUCCUCCCGCAGACUUUUUGGAUCCAGAGAAAAUCAUCCAAGGCUUCCCGGAUGAGAUUUUUGCUCCUUUUAAAUGA